GUAAUGAAGAGAUGAUUGUGUGUGAGUAAGAAAAAAAUCCAAUCAGCUGGUUCUCUCUCUUUUUCGCAAUUUUAUUUUCCUCAAUUUCACUUUCUCUCUCUAAACCUUUUCACUUUUCCUCGUCAUGAUCAACCCUUGAUUGUGAUUUAGAUCAUUUUCCUCUCUUUUAUUUUCUCCUUGUACUUAAUCCUUUGCUUUUCUCUCUCUCUCUCUAGUUUAUAGUUAACUAAUCACCUCAUCGUUAAUUGUGAUUAGAGUUUUAUUAUUACCAACAACUGUAAUCAUCGUCGUCAUCAAUUCACAAUUUACUGUAUUUCUCAUUCACCACCAACACUUUUUGUUUUCAUUGAAACGUACUACUUAUCAUCUCCUUUUUGGUUUGUAUUUAGAUUAAUUGUUGUUCCUUUCUCACCAUUGUUUCAUUUCUCUUCUCAUUCAUAUUCUAAUUGAUUUGUGUUCUUCUUUGUUUUUCUUGUUCGGUGGUGACAAUUCUGUGUAUUUUCUACCAUUUCUGGUUCUCUCCUUUUCUCUCUCUUGCUCUUUCCCUGUUUCUCUCUCUCUCUCUCUUCUUUCUGUAUGCUGAUUAUUAACCAGAACCAGAAAUUCUUUUCUCAUUCACAUCAUCAUCAUGUCUUUUCUUCGUGAUUUUGUUGGCAGUUUCCGUAGAAAAGAUAUUUCCGAGUAUCCAUAUAAUGUUGUGGUCGAGGUUAAAAACGACGAUUAUAAAACGUACCAAGUUUACUCAAGAGAGGAUUGUCUCGUUCUCUAUGGAUUACCUGAUGGUGCAAGAUUUGAAAUCGUUUUACAAAAAGCAAUGCCCAGUAAAGGAGUUGAAGUGGAUUACAGUCUAUGUCGAUUCGAUAAUCAAAUGGGAGCUGAUAAAGUAUUCCAAGCAAUGGUUCAAAAUAAAUUGCCCACUUUAUGUAACAAUUUUCCCGAUCUGGUGAAUGCUUAUAGUCUUCAAGAAUUAGUUAAUUAUAUUCGAUCAAAUCCAGAGCAAACAUUGGCUCAUAUUUGUGCCUAUUUUGGUUAUCUUGAAUGUCUAAAGGGAAUCAUUGCCAAUCAGCCUUCACUGAAAGAUGCCGUUGAUCCAGUUACUCAAUACACACCCUUACACCUCGCAAUUAAAGGUUGUCGCCUUCCGGUGGUUCAAUAUUUAGUUUCAUGUGGAGCUGAUUUAUCGAGAACCGACAUUCGUGGUUGGAAUAUAUUUCACUUUGCAUCGACAACCAAUCGAGAUAUUAUCUCCGCUUUAUGUUAUCCGUCCGAAUCAAAUUCGUCAUCAACAACAACUGCCUCAUCCUCUUCUGUAACAUCCACACUCACCUCAACAUUAUCAUCAUCAUUUUCCCCAACACUAUCAUCCGGAUCUCAUUCAAUUCUUGUAUCACAAAGCUCAAUCUCAUCAACUUCAGAAGAUGCAAAUACACCAACUCACUCAACUAAUCCAAGUAACAACAAUAACACUCAUAACAGUAACAGUAAUGCCACUAAUGGCAAUAGUUUGAGUGACCGUCGUAAACUGAUAAUCAAAUUGAUCAAUUCUCGUAACAAUGAAACAAACAGUCCACUUUAUUUGGCUUGUGCUGCCGAUAAACCUGAGUGUAUUAAAGAGCUGCUGAAAAAUGGUGCUGAUGUUAAUGGUGCUUCAUUGGGGACUAUUGAUAAUGAGAAGACAAGUGAUCACAGUUUGUGUAAUUUCAUUGAUCUACUUGAUCCUAAAGUGAUGAAAAUGGGUGGAACUGCCUUACACUGGGCUAAAAGUCCACAAUGUAUGGAAGCGCUAAUCGAAAUGGGUUGUAACAUUAAUGCGAAAAAUUUUCAGGGUGAAACUGUUUUCCAUUGUAUGGUGGCAAAGAAAAAUCUCUCUUGCAUUGUCACUUUACUUUCUCAUGGAGCGGAUGUGAAUGCCACUGGAUCUAACGGAGAAACACCUUUACAUAUUGCAGUUCGAACUGGAGAUGUGACCAUUGUUCAAGCCCUUGUCGUUUUCGGCGCUGAUUUGAACACUUGUAACAACAGUGGAGAAACACCAAGACACAUAAUUGCCACCAAUAAACGGAUAUCUAAUCAAGAGUUAAUUCUUUAUAUUCUGGAUACUGUUGGUGCCAAACGAUGUAAAAAAGCUCAUAACUUGUCAUGUACCGAUGGAUGUGCGCUUAAUGCGACUUUCAAUGGUAUUCCUCCUGAAACAUCACCUCUCUCUCGAAUUGUCUCAAUUCAUGAUGUCCAUUAUCGAGAUAUUUUGGAAGAAGCGGUGAAAAGGAAAAAAGAGAAAGAGAUGAAAAUCAAUUUCGAUGAGCCACCAGAGAAUGAAAUUAAAUUGUUGUGUCUUGACGGUGGUGGAAUCAAAGGAUUAAUUCUCGUUCAAAUGUUGGCAAUUCUAGAAGAUAUGACGAAAAGACGAAUCUAUGAUACUUUCAAUUGGAUUGCUGGUACAUCAACGGGCGGGAUUUUGGCAAUAUCUUUGGCCUUGGGUAAUACAGCAGCCGAAUGUCGUCAAUUGUAUUUUCGUUUAAAAGAUAAAGUGUUUCUUGGACCUCGACCUUAUGAUUCUGAACCAUUAGAGAAAUUUGUUCAAAAAGAGUUUGGUAUUGAUACCAAAAUCGGUGAUAUCACUCAUCCACGAUUAAUGAUCACCGCAACCAUAGCAGAUCAAUUUCCGGCCGAUUUAUUUCUCUUUCGUAAUUAUCCUUCUGCCCAGGAAAUUAUUCUCUCCUCAGAAUCAAAAUCGUCCAGAUCAUCUAGUCCCAUUGGAUCUGAUUACCUCCUCUGGAUGGCUGCCCGUUCAUCUGGAGCAGCACCGACCUACUUCAGACCCUGUGGACCUUAUCUGGACGGUGGAUUGAUAUCAAAUAAUCCAACCCUUGAUGCCUUAACUGAAAUUUCACAAAUCAAUGCUUCUUAUGCUCAUAUUGGAUGCCCAGAGAAAAAGUUAAGACCUGCUGUGGUUGUUUCAUGUGGAACCGGUGCAAUACCCGUUAAACCAAUUUCAAUUGUUGAUGUUUAUCGUCCCGAUAGUUUGGUUGGAGUCGCUAAAAUGGCUUUUAUGGCCUCGGCAUUAGGAGAGCUUCUAGUCGAUCAGGCAACACAAUCUGAUGGUCAAGUUGUUGAAAGGUCAAAGGCUUGGUGUCAUGGUAUUCAUUUGCCCUAUUUCAGGUUAAAUCCUCCGAUAUCUGAAAAUAUAAGUCUUGAUGAGACUAAUAAUGCGAAAUUGAUUAAUAUGCUUUGGGAAACUUCAGUAUAUAUGUACAACCGUAAAGAUGAAUUACAAGAGUUAAUUUACCUGCUUAGUUAAUCUUCAAUUCUAAAUUGUUUUGAAAACUUUCUCCUAAUUUAUUAACUCUACUGUAACCAUCACAAUACUAAUUGUCAUCCAAUUAUCACCAUUUUUUUCUGCAUCACAGUCAAAACUUGCAACAAAAAAGCAUUUUCAUCGUUUCCUUGUUUUAUACUGAUGGCGUUUUAGCCUUUUAAUAUAACUGUUGAGUUUUUUUCUACAACAAUUAACCGUCUCUUUGGCAAUUACAAAGACUCAUCCUUUGUAUUUACUGUAAACCAGCCAAAUCACCACAACAAUUUAUAAACUAUCAACUAAUUUACACAACAUCGAGUCAACUUUUUUCACUCAAACCUAAUUUUCAAUCAACAGGUUUUACAAAUUUAGUUAAUAGUCAACUUAUUCGUUUAAUUGUUUCCAUUGAAAAUUAAUUUUAUCACCCCCUUGAAAUCCUAAUCAUCUCCAAUAAUAUUUGUACAUUAAAAGUGAGAAACAGGAACAAAUCAAAUCAAUCAAUCGAUUGGUUUCUCUAUUAACCAAUAAUGUUUUUUUUCUGAAAAAAAAAUGAAUUUAUAUCUAAUUUGUAUUGACAUUUUCCCCCCUAAAUUUACAUCUGAUUGCCUCUUGAACAAUUAAAUUACAUUUUCCUUGUACAA